UGGCCAAUUGUUAUCGUCAAAUUCCCAGUCGAGUUCCAACUUUUGAACUGAGUGGAGACGCGGUCAAUGUUUUCUGACCAAAUAAUAGUUUCAGUGGCGGGAUUUUGAUUAGCAGUCAACGUUUUUUAAUAGUUUUAGGUUCUCAAUCAUUUAUUCAGAUGUUUGUAUUGGUUUAAGAUAUGUUUUGACGAGGUUUUCGUGGGAAUUUGCCCCAAAAUGACGGAAAGUUAACACGAGUGAUAACAAAUUUUGAGGUUAGCGCGAGUGGUAGUGUGUGUUGGUGCGGGUGAAUUAAGUGUUUGGAUUACUGCAUUAUUUUGGAGAAAAACAAACUACCUAAAUGUGUGCCCUGAGAUAAGAAUAUCUGUGAUUCUCCCGUUUUAUCAACGAAAUCUGUGCAGAAUGAGAAACCGGCGAUGUAGAGGGACACCUCUACUAUUGCUUACAGGAUUUCUCAGUUGGAUCACAUCAGUGACGUCAUUCAGUACAGUUAAUGUCUCACUCACUCUCCCGGUCAUCCUCAGUCCCGAAGAUAGGUGCAGAGGAAUGGUGUCGAGGGGCCCAUGCUCGGACUGGGUGCACAAAUGGUACUUCGACGCGUCCCUCCAACUCUGCAAGAUGUUUGUCUAUGGCGGCUGCAAGGGGGAGAAUGUAUUCGACUCGGAGGCUGAAUGUAUGCAUUACUGUAUUGGCGGAGAGGACCACACUCUACCACCCUACCUACACAUGCUCAAACCUCAAGAGGAACUGGAAAAAGGGGCCAACGCCCUGAAAAGCACCCUGGUUCCCCCCCUGCCACUGGAGGAGAGGGGGAUCGAACUGACCUUCCCCGAAACCGGACAUGAGAAAGUCUUCAUGAUGGCAAAGAGUAACGCUUUCAUACAGCUCGAUGGAAACCGUAUUCCAACCUUCCAGUUGAGGCUAUGUCGGGAAAUCUCAUUCCAGUUCAGGACAAAGUUGCCGCAUGGCUUACUGGUGUAUCACAGCGUGAAGGACCGGCCCGAGGGUCUCGACCCGUAUGCGCUCUACGUCAUCGUGGAGAAGGGUCAACUCAAGGUCGUACAUGUUUUCGGCAAGCAUUCCACCUCGGUUAUUGUCGGAGAGGGGUUGAACAGAGACACCUGGCACAGUGUGAUGGUGCGUAUUGACGUGCACGGAGCCAAACUGAUUGCCAAAGUGGAUGACAAACUGGCAGAGACCAACAUCCUCGGACUGGAUGCAUCCAACAGCUAUGGUGUCGCCACAGACCUUACGUCCGUUGUUCUCAUUGGAGGUCUAAGUCCCGAAGAGAAGUUGCAUGGCGUAAAGUACAUAAUUGAGUCAUUUGUUGGCUGCAUCAAAGACAUGGUUCUGAAAGCGGGUAAAGCUGCCUUUGACUUGCUGCCCAUCAAACCCCUCAUAGCAACUAAACACGACAAUGUACAGGAGGGGUGCAUUAACAAAUGUCGCACCCGUGAGAACCUGUGUUUUGUAGGCAGCAUGUGCAUCAAUCAUUACAACGAAUUGUCAUGUGACUGCUUCGGAACCUGCUACGAGGGAGAACUAUGUGAUGUUUACACGGCGACGAUUCUAACACUGAGAGGCUCUUCGUACAUGUCGUACAGAGUCUAUGAUUGGAAGGAUCGUGUCCACUCCAGUGUCAAUCGUAUCGGCAUUCACUUCAAGACGUGGUUCAAUGACUCAGCCCUGUUCUACGCGAGCGGUGAGUCACCGCGUCACCACCACAUCGCCGUGUCCAUAGUGAACGGCAGUGUGCUGGUGCAUGUCGACAUGGGCGACGAGUCAGCUGCCACCGUCAGCCAGCUGGGCACAGCUGUCAGCAACAACAGCUGGCACAACCUCACCAUUCUGCACAGCCACGAUCAGCUGUUGGUAUCGCUCGACGAUGACGUCAGGCUGUUGGAUCUGGGUGAAGGUCAGCUGCAGCAUCUCUACAUUGACCCGGAGAUAUACAUUGGCGGCGGGCCUGAGCUGCACAAGAGGAAAGGAACAGUAAUGAAUAAACGACCACCAGGGCUCAUCGCACUGUACGCACUCCACAAAAUGUGGGAAGAGUUCGGCAAGCCAUACUCUGUAGUCCUAAUCGAUCUGCUAGGAGACAUUCUUCUGAACUGA